AAGUACUACAAGUCCCAGAAUGCUUUGCGGGCGUGUCACCGGAAGUACUAGGCGUCCAUUGGGUGAACGAAAGCGCGACGCAGUCAGCUUCGGAAGAUACAGCCAUGCCGCCCGGGCCUGUUCAGAUCGUUCAGCCGGAGUCCAACAACAAGAACGAUGCCGUUGAUGAAACCCCAGCUACUAAACCCAUCGUUGGUAUCAUUUAUCCACCUCCUGAGGUCCGAAACAUAGUCGACAAGACAGCCAGUUUUGUCGCCAGGAACGGGCCUGAGUUUGAAGCAAGAAUCCGUCAGAAUGAGAUCAACAACCCAAAGUUUAAUUUCCUCAACCCUAAUGACCCGUACCAUGCCUACUACCGCCACAAGGUCAAUGAGUUCAAGGAGGGGAAAGCACAGGAGCCGUCUGCGGCCGUGCCUAAGGUUAUGCAGCAGGCCAUGCAGCAGUCCCAACAGCUUCCUCAAAAAGUUCAGUCACAGGUGAUUCAAGAGACAGUUGUCCCCAAAGAGCCGCCUCCUGAGUUUGAGUUCAUUGCGGAUCCUCCGUCAAUCUCCGCAUUCGAUCUGGAUGUCGUGAAGCUCACAGCCCAGUUUGUCGCUCGUAACGGCCGCCAGUUUCUCACUCAGCUCAUGCAGAAAGAACAGAGGAACUACCAGUUUGACUUUUUGCGGCCGCAGCACAGCCUUUUCAACUAUUUCACCAAACUGGUUGAGCAGUACACAAAGAUUCUGAUCCCUCCCAAAGGCCUCCUGACCAAGCUGAAGAGAGAAGCUGAGAAUCCAAGAGAGGUUAUGGACCAGGUGAGGUACCGUGUUGAGUGGGCGAAGUUCCAGGAGCGUGAGAGAAAGAAGGAGGAGGAGGAAAGAGAGAAAGAACGUGUGGCGUACGCCCAAAUCGACUGGCAUGACUUCGUAGUGGUUGAGACGGUGGAUUUCCAGCCCAACGAACAAGGCCACUUCCCCCCGCCUACCACACCAGAGGAGCUCGGCGCCCGCAUCCUGAUCCAAGAGCGCUACGAGAAGUACGGAGAGAGCGAGGAGGUGGAGAUGGAGGUUGAGAGCGAGGAUGACGACGAUGACCGGGAGGAUAGGAACAACGGGCAGCCUUCACAGCCUGAUCAGGACACACAAGUGCAGGACAUGGACGAGGGAUCUGAUGAUGAUGAUGAUGGCAUGAAGGCUCCACUGCCACCAGACAACCCUAUGCCACCCCCACUGCCCCCAACUCCAGACCAGGUUAUUAUUCGCAAAGACUACGACCCCAAAGCUUCCAAGCCUCAGCCCUCAGUUGCAGCUCCGGAUGAGUACCUCAUCUCACCAAUUACCGGUGAGAAGAUCCCAGCCAGUAAGAUGCAAGAGCACAUGCGUAUCGGUCUCCUGGAUCCACGCUGGCUGGAGCUCAGGGACCGCACUAUCAGAGAGAGGCAGACUGAGGACGAAGUCUACGCUCCUGGUUUGGAUAUCGAGAGCAGCUUGAAGCAGCUGGCUGAGAGGCGUACCGAUAUCUUCGGUGUGGAAGAGACGGCCAUCGGUAAGAAGAUCGGAGAAGAAGAAAUCCAGAAGCCAGAGGAGAAGGUCACUUGGGAUGGACACUCUGGAAGCAUGGCUCGUACCCAGCAGGCAGCGCAGGCCAACAUCACCCUGCAGGAGCAGAUCGAAGCCAUUCACAAGGCCAAAGGACUGGUGGGAGAGGAUGACACUAAGGAGAAAAUCGGCCCGAGCAAGCCGAGUGAGAUCCAUCACCAGCCUCCGAUGCCCUCGUCUUCGUCCAUUUUGCCUAAACCCAGUCCUCCAAUCACAUCAGUGCCUCGCCCACCUUCCACUCUGGCACCUCAAGUGCGCACCACUCUGCUGUCUGCUGUCCCUGUGAUACCGAGACCGCCCGUGUCUCCUGUGGUGCACCUUGCACCAGGACAGGUCAUAGCAUCAAUGCCUCGUAUGAUCUCUGCUCCCCGCAUCAACGUGGUCCCCAUGCCACCGUCAGCGCCUCACAUUAUGGCGCCCAGACCACCUCCCAUGGUUGUGCCAGCUGCGUUUGUUCCCGCUCCACCAGUACCACAACCGCCGAGCUCUGCUCCUGCACCGCCAUCCCACCCACCUCCACCUCAUGAUGAUGAGCCAGUCAGCAAGAAGAUGAAGACAGAGGACAACCUUAUUCCAGAGGAGGAGUUCCUUCGUAGAAAUAAGGGUCCUGUGGCGGUUAAAGUUCAAGUACCCAACAUGCAGGACAAGACCGAAUGGAAGCUGAAUGGCCAAGUGCUGAAUUUCACUGUCCCACUCACAGAUCAGGUGUCUGUCAUUAAAGUCAAAAUCCAUGAAGCUACCGGCAUGCCAGCAGGGAAACAGAAGUUGCAGUAUGAGGGUAUUUUCAUCAAGGAUUCCAACUCUCUGGCUUAUUACAACAUGAACAACGGUUCGAUCAUCCACUUGGCGCUGAAGGAGAGAGGUGGAAGAAAGAAGUGAGCCCUGCAGGAAGACUUGUGGAUGUUGUGUCACUCCUUCCUGUCAUGCUAUUUUAGUUUAACGACAAUUAUUAUAAUGCAAAUUUGUGUGAAGAGUAUAAUUUCCUAAAUGUUAGAAUGCUAAAUGAAUUAUACUGUAACACUCACAGGCACGGCUUCAUGAUCAUAACUAACUUGUACGACAAUGUAGAGCUCUGUAUUGUCUGUUCAUCUGAAUAAAGGAAUUUAAAAAAUCCA